UCUGUUGAUGUGGAGCGAAAGUUUCCGUUUUGAUCAAAUAGCGUGACAUUGCCAGAAUCGUUCCAAGUCGGGCAUCCUUUGAUCCGAAGCAGUCGUAUACGGACACUCCCAAGCUUCAAACUGAUUGUCGGGAACAAGCAGCGUUUUUUUUGGGGCUCCCCAUUGAUCACCCAACCUCGGGCUUCCUUCUAAGUUGAUGGUCGCAGUCACUGACAUUGCUGAAAUUUUAUUGGUGAAAUCGGACAUGACUUGAUUCGUCAACCAGGUUGCCGCAUCAGAAACGUGGAAAGCGCUUGUUUCAGUCAGGACAGAACGGCGUUCAUGUGAACUUGCCUGACUGGGACUCUCUGGUGUUGGAUGUCACUCCCAGUCAGUAUACGGCGGAAUUUGCUUUCCUAGCACCGUCAAUCCUGACAAAUCAAAUGGAGAGGAUUCUAGCCCUGAGCCAAUCAGAGCUACAGGAACUUCUGGAUAACCCGGAAAAGGUGGAAUCAAUGGCCCAAGACUCUGAUGAGAUCCAGAACAUCCAGUUGGAGAGAGAGAUGGCGUUGGCGUCAAAUCGCAGCCUUGCGGAGCAAAACCUGGACAUGAGGCCACACCUGGAGUCCCGAAGAGAGGUUCUGGUGGAGAGAUACACGCAGCUCGAGGCUAUCAGAGACACCUACAGAGAACACUACUCCAUUAUAGAGGGGAGAGUUGGCCAGGUGUCUCCAGAAGCAUUGUUCUCCAGACUACAGACAGAGGUCAAAAAAGCAGAAGCUGAGUCAGAGGUUCUUGCUGAUGUAUUUCUGGAUGGCUGUCUACAAUUGGACUCAUUCCUUGACCGCUUCCUUGUUCUUCGUUGCCUUGCUCAUAAAAGACGUGUGCGGAUAGAGAAAUUCCAGGAGGCCAUGCUACAGAAAAGAGAGGAUAACCCCAAGGCUAUAAGGUCAUCACCAGGCAUCAGCCAAGGCCCUUCUGUCGAUCAGUGGAAUCCACAUACCACAACAACAACUCAACAGAAACAAGGAAACACCAAAUGCCAGACCUCCAGCGACUUUGAUGCCUCCCAAUCUCUGUCUUCAUCUGGUGACGGUUCCUGUGAUCUCCCCUACCUCCAAUGUCUUAUCUCUCCUUCCAAUGCUCCCCCACCAUUUACACCUUUGGCAACAAGCUCUGGCCCAGUCAUUCCUUCAUCACAGGUACUAUCAUAUGCAGGCUCAUCUAUUGCCCCAGCAGGGAGCUACACUGGCCCCGGGCCAGCAUUCAGACCUCUGGCUUCAGCCCCCUGCCCUUAUCCAACUCAGUUGUCUUUCUCUGUCCCAAACCCGGCAUCAGCUUUUGGCCAAUACACACCACUUCACCCCCAGAGCAAUACCGCAGUAUACCCAGCUUCAUAUAGUGAUUGAGGCUAUAGUUAGUUAUCCAACCAGGUCUGCUUACUCCAAUUCUCAGUCACCAGUUGAAAGACCCAUUUGCAGACCUGGAUAUGGAGUACCCCAGCCAUAUUCUUGAAAAUAUCUACUUCUCCUCUUUCCUAAUACUUUUUAAUUUCACAUACUUUAUGCACCCUUUCCUGCCAGGCUUCUCAGACUAAUUAUUUCCCCCUCCUCUUUCUGUCAACUACUGUCUUUUCCUCAACUUUCAUAUUUUAGAUUGUUAUUCUGUCUUAAUAUUAUAACGUUACUUUUCUUGAUUCUCAUCACCCCCACACCUUAGUCUCAAGUUGUUUGCGGUCCUUAUAGUACUUGUCCUCCCACACUUCAGCUUGCACUACUCCCCUCUCUUGAUGUAUAGUUGUGAGUUUGUAUGAUUCUUUGUUUUUUUUGUUGUUUGUGUUUUUUGGGAAAUUAUAACAUGUGCUAGACCUGUUCCUAUGGCAGAUCGAAAGUACCAAAAAUAAAUGUGUAAUUAAUUA